UCGUUCUACGUACAGGUAGGUAUACGGUAGGCCAGUGGGGUGGCGAGGGUGUAUUUCUUUUCUUUUUCUUCCCAUCGGGCCUCUUUAGGACUUCUGCAAGAACCGAAACGAGCUUUGCCAAUGCACCAUCAAUGGAAGUUUUCCGAUUCGAGUGCCGCGCUACGUCCGGGAAAUGUCGUCAGCACGCUCAAUGGGCCUGUGCUACUCACUGUAGUGUUUCUGCUAGAGGCCCUUGGUGUUGUCUUUCCCGGCUUGAUCCGUCCACUCCGUCGAAAUCCAAAUGGCGGGUCGGCUCACGUGCUGCGAGGCCGUGCCCAAGCCAUUUUCUCUUCAGGGCUGAGGCCGAACCACCUCUCGCGCGGCGACUAGCGGAGUGAUGAGCUGCAUAUCCCACUCUGGCUUGUCCCUGCACA